ACAGAUCUUAAUUAAGCGAACUGCGCAUGCGUAGACGCUGAUGGGCGCCGGGCGAAAAGUGAGUUGCUGGGUGGAUGUGAUGUGGACUGGAAAUUUUGAUUUUAUUUUGAAGUGAAUCCACCAUCGACCACCAGCCUUCAUUCCAGUUUAAAGCAAUCUGCUUCCUGCAACCUCCAUCCCAGCAUCACGGUAUGGACAUGUCGCAUCAGAAGACGGUUCUUCACAACCUGGAGCUGAGGUUGGCCCACAUCCGUGCUGCCCUGUCAGAGCUCACUGAUAUUCAAACUGAACUGCAGAAAAAUGCCACAGAGUCCAAGAACAACAUCCAGGCCAACUUCAGUCGUCAGUUAGAGAACCUGCGGACCAGAGAGGUUUACCUUGUAAAUCAAGUGGACACACUGCUUCAGGUCAAGCAAGAACACCUUCAUCUCCAAGCCGAUAGCUUGAAGAAGGAACUUGGAGCUCUCCAGGCCCUGCAGGAACACACCAGGUCUGCCAAGAAAGCCGUUGACUUGCAGGACAUUGAAGACAUCAUGAAGAGAUUCCAAGAAUUUCACCUUGAACCGGAGGAAAAUGGAAUUCUAGAGUUUGUGAGUGAUCCCAAACGCCUCAAGAAAUGUAUAUUGACCUAUGGAAGCAUCAACCCAAAGCGCUUUUGCCCUUCCAAAGAUGAUGUACAAGGCGAACCAAGACAGAUUAUGGCACCAUUUGAGAAGUAUGCAUGUGACAAGGUUUGGUUGACACCAAACGGUAGCAGUGGGAUCAAGAAUGGUACUACACACACAGUCUUUCCCAUCUUCCAAGAGAACCAGGAUGCAGAAGGCUGGUUGGCCAAGGACCAUGACAUUCCAGUGAUGGAGACAUGCCAGAGUGAGAAGAGUGACGACGAUCAAGAUUCCUUCGUCAUGAUCCCCAAGGAGCAUGAACAGAGCUCACGUAGUACCAUCUUGUCUCAGUUUGCUAGCAUCCUAAACUCACCAAACAUCCAGUGGAUUCGCCGAACCCCAAAGACUGAUGGCAGUGGAGCAAGCUGCCAGCAACUUAACAAGCCUGCCUACUAUAGCCCAUCAGGAGGAACUAAGGGUUGGUUGAAGAAGGAGACAUGUCACCCAAGUCAAGUACCAGUGAAGCCCAUUGAAAUAGAGGAUCUGGCAGAGAUGGCCUGUGUACAGGACACUCCAUCUGGUGCUCCGAGUCCAUGUGGCCCCAAGACAAGACCUAGACAACGUACCCAGCGCAACCAGAAGAACACAUGCUGCUCAUCCAAACCAGUCCAGGCCACGACCACUGAUGUCAACAUUGAUGACGUCUGCAAAGGUAACGAGAAGUGCAAGACGUUUGACGAGUGCCUCUGCGAUGAGAACUGUGCUGAUACUGCAAAGGGUGGCUUUGAUGGCUUGCCAGAAUCUUCCAAGAAUCGAUGGCUCUCUAAGGGACAAGCUGGAGAGGAGAAUCGAGCUCAGGAGGCCAAGGAUGCAAGACCAGAGGAAGAGUUACCCAAGGAGGACUUUGUCAAAGAAUGGCUCGCCAAAAAGACCGCCCCCGAAGAAGGCUACGAGUCGGUGAUAAUUUCAUCCUUCCUGAAGUGGCAACUUGAGGAGAAACCGGCUUGGUUGAAGAAAGGGGAUUUUGCCCAAAAGAAGUCAGACCAAACCUCUAUCAGCCAGUGGCUCUUCAAGAAAACCGAAGCUCCAACAGAGCCGAUGGUUGUCGACAACAAAGAGAUCUGUGAGGAUGCCCCUUUGAAGACCGAAUGGUUGCUUCCGAGGUCACCUGCCUCUGAUGGCCCUGCUCUGAAGGUACCCACGCAUGAUUCCACAUCCUGGCUUCUGAAGGGAAAGAAUGAAAACUUGCCACAAGAAUCCAAGAUGGACACCAACCAAGAUGGCUUACAGGAAAAGUGGCUCAUCAAACAAACCACUGGAGGAUUCGCCCUUCCAACUAACAGUGGAUUCACUUUCGCAAGUAUCCCUAAAGGCAUCAAUCAGUGGUUGAAGCAGUAGAGCAGUUAUAAUUUCGAAAGGAUUCUGGGUUAAAUAAGAUGGUUUAUGUUGCCUCUAUGUCCAUUAUAUAGCCCAAUCCAUUCUGAAUAAUCAUUUCCAAUUAAUCAAAUUACAUGGCAUUUUCCUUUCUUUGAUCCUGAAUCUAUGGAACAAUUUCUGAGAAUUUGAACAAGGCCUUCAUGAUUUUUAAGAUGAGAAAAAGGCAAAGAGCAGACUGAAUUUUAGAACUUGUUGUAAAACUGCAUAUGACAUGUAGGUAGCUAAAUUCAUACCUUUAUUAUUGAAUGGGGUACAACACUUCCUCUAUAUUCUCUUGAGGGACUUUCAUUUCUAGUAACCUUCUUAGAUGUAACCUCUUAUUUUAUAACUGUUAAAAGCAGUCUGUUAUAGUGUUGCAUAAUUACCCAGGCUGUAGCAGAACAGCUUUUAUAUACUCUGCGUCUCAAGUAAUAGAUUCUAUCCGGGUUCCCAUUCACCUCGCGUAUAUUCUUACGUAUGUUGAGUGCAACACAGUAGAAAUUAAUAUUAUUAUUGGACAGAUAUGUAAAUCAGGGAUAUUUUGGGUAGUGGAUGUGAUGUCAAUGAUUGACUUACAGGUUAAUGUCCUGUCAUAUGGUCCUUAACCUUGAUGCCAUGCUAAAUGGCAUAAGCUUUUCAUUAUGGUUUAGGGUCUCUGUUCUCAUAGUUUGUAAUGAAUUC